AUGGCUACCUCUCCCGCAGCAUCAUCACGGCGCAGCGCUGCGUCAUCGGCCGCCUCUCUCAAACGCUCCAACGACAGCCGUCACCGUCAAUCAUCAUCCUCCUUCUCCGAUGCCAUCCCCGUCGACACCCUCGUCAACCACCUGCUCGCUGCGAAGCGUUCCCUCUCGACCAUUAGCGUCGUGUUCCGCGCCAAUGAGCUGGCCACCAACGCACGCAAUGAGCACGAGGAUGCCGCCAUCCUCGCUGCCCAGUCGCGCUUCUUGCGCCGCUCCAUCCUCGACCAGACGGCCAUUCUCGCCAGGCUGAGACGCAGCCUCCAGGCAACGUACAACUGGGGCACCAAUGACUUCAAAUCCUUGAUUCAUACCAUGGAUGAGGUGGACGGCUCCCUGGGUGCCAUGAUGAGUGUGCUCAGGGCCAAAAAGGUGCAGAGCUCCCUCAGGCCGCUAGGUGAAGAGCCAAAGACGUUACUGGAUUUCGUCGACGAAGAAAGUGUACACAAGCUGCGAGAUGCCAUGAAGAAGAGCAUUGAGGAGCUGCAGGUGAGUUUGCAGCAGCUUAUCCAUUCACAGAUGGCCCAUCAGGAUACUAACCGUCUGCCAUCAAUGCAGGGCGUGCAACAAUCUUUUGACGGGGACCUGCUACGCCUCGAUACCGAUAUUCGCAACCUCAAGACCAUCAUUUCCGAAGCAUCGAUAUCGCCGUCGGGCGCCGACUCCCCCGACAAGCCUCAAGUUCUAAUGACGGAGCGAUUGGACAAUCUCAUCUCGUACUCGGCACACAUGGCGUCAAACUUGGCUUCUUUGACGAAUCACUUCGACCUGUGUGUCACCGCCAUCAGGACGACCGAGGGCGCAGCGGCUCUGGCCCGCCGGAAAGCAGCCGAGACGACACAGCCCCAAGGCCCAGAUGGCGUUUCCAUCUCCGGCGUGAUUGCCGAGCAGGAAUCAAACGUUUCCGACCUCGAGCCAAAGACCGCUCGCGACCGUGCUGAGAUGCUAAAGGUCGUUGUGCAAGAUGCUGGCGAGGUUGACGACGUUGUCGGCGAGAUCCACGAAGGCCUGAGGAUGAUGGAACAAGAGUACGGCGACUUUCAAGAGCAGGUCGCCCAAACAAAAAAGGCGUACGAAGGCAUGAUGCAGGCGUACAUCGCCCUCGGCGAGAUUGGUGAGCGUCUGACUGACUACCUUACCGCCGAGGAGGAUUUCAAACAAAGGUGGGAAAUGGAGAAGGAGGUUGUCUUCUCGCACCUCAAAGAGAUGCACGAACUGAAAGAGUUCUAUGGGCGUUACUCUGGUGCGUAUGAUGGUCUCGUUCUCGAGGUCGAGCGUCGUCGCAAUGUCAACGAACGGGUGGAAGCGAUCUGGCGCAAAGCCCAAGAAAACGUCAACAAGAUCAUGGAGACCGACCAAUCCGCUCGGGACACAUUCUACACCGACGUCGGCGAAUACCUGCCCACAGAUCUGUGGGAUGAUAUGCAGGGGCCUGCCAUCAAAUGGAAGGUCAUUCGCGAGCGGGCAGAUGAUGCCGCAAGCAUGGCGCGAAAGAGCCCGACGGGAUCCGCUAGAGGCGGAUAA